UAGGUUUACAGAUCUCCUUUUUCUCUCCAGAUUUUAUCUUGAGUGGCGAAAUGUUUUGAAACGUGCAGCUUUCCAUGAAUCUGAAAAGAUUUCGUACAAUCUGGAAGAAGAGUCAGGUGAGGAAAGACAUGAAGCCGAAGAAGUCGGAGGUGAGGAAGCCGAGGCUGGCCCCGUUGAAGCAAGCUGGACGGGAAAAGGCACUGGCCCGGUGGAGUGACGGCCUCUUUUACAUCGUGAACAUUGUGCAGAUCUCGGAGGCCAAAAAGAAAUGUGUGGUACAGUUUGAGGACAAGUCCAUAGCUUCAGUCCAGCUCAAAGACGUUCUGAAAGAGAAAGAGGGGGACGAUCCGUGCUGCCAUAUGUGUGGGGUCUACGAGGACUCUCUGGCCAGCCUUGUGGAGUGUAACAACUGUGAAAGAGGAGCGUUACCUCGUGUGGGAUGCGUCGCACGUGAGCAACGUGGAGCACAGCUACUGCUACUGCGGCGGGCCUGGACACUGGUACAACAAGAUGCUACAGUGUUGUCGCUGCCGUCAGUGGUUCCACGAAG